CCUGUUGUGUUGUAGCUAAACAUCCAAAGCCGCGGCCAUGCUCAGAGUGUCUUCUUACCGCAAGCUGUUUGAGGAGGGGAGCUGGAGUCCAAAUGGAAGCUCCAGUAUGCAGUGUGCAGGCCAGUACCGGGCCUCCGUCAGGGGUGCGGCUGCUGACGACUGUGACUGUGACAAGUUGGACUUCGUAGCUGCCAGGGCGCUGAGCAAGGAGGGUCUGGACCAGUUUGUCAAAGAUCGCACCAUCAUUGCUGCUCUCAACGACCGACUGGUCAGGCUGAUUAAACUGGCUCAUUGUUUCGAGGAGGAGAAUGAGUCUCUUGAGUGUCAGAUUGAGGAGCUGGAGGACAAGCUGAGUGAUCGACAAGCCUCCUCCACCCUCACCACCACUGUGGCUGUACCGGACUUCAGCCUGGACGCAGUGGUGGACAGACUGCGUGUGGAGAGGGAUGAGAUUCUGUGUGACACAGAAGAGCUGCAGAGAGAGCUGCAGCAUCUGAAGCAGGAGUAUGAGAAAGUUGCUCAGCAAAAGAUCUUCCUCCAGCAGGAACGCCAAGAUGUCACAGAGGAAGUGGACACUGUGACAGCAAAGUGUUUGGCGCUGAGGGAGCAAGCGGCUAUCUACGAGGAGCAGCUGGCCAACAUGGAGGCCCAGCACAAGACGGCAGUGGAGGAUCUGCUGGACCCAGCUGAAGAGACUACAGGAGCGGUGGCGACUCUUAAAUUUGGCAGCCCUGACAUCACUGCAGCCUUGGAUGUAAAAGAGUACUACUGCCAGCUGGCUGAGAGCCUGCAGUUUGAGCGAGGUGUAUCCUCCUCUGCUGAUGUUCCCAGUGGUGAUGGAGAAGUGGGAGUUGGAGGAGCUGCGGGGUCAACAGUCAAAGACUUGACAAAGACAGAGGACAUCAAUGAAUUGAAGAUGCUGAUUUCAGAGCUACAAAAGGAGCUUUCAGAGCUUGAAAAAUGCAACGAGGAGUUGGAGGACGAGGUUGAGAUGAAGAAGGCCGCCUACAUGGAGGAGAUUGCUGACUUGGAGUGUACUAUAGAAGAAAUGAGGCUCCAGGAGGCUGACUUCGAAGCGCAGAUGAGAGAGCAGUGUGAAGAGUACAAGGAGCUGCUCAGUGAGAAGAUGGCCAGAGAGAUAGAGAUCACUGCCUACAGGAGUCUGGUGGAGGGAGAGGAGGAGAGGCUUUGCAACCUGUGACUUGAGGCCGGCGAGUCAGACAGGCUUGAUGCUCCCCCACACGUGGAUCAGAAAA